AUGCUGGAAAGCGAACAGCACGAUGAUGAUUAUCUCCUUGGAGGUCGUCCUCCAUUGGUCACCAUCUUAAUAAUGUCGUUAGGACCCUUAGUUUCCCAAAUAGUUCACGCCGCUGCUAAUGUUGUUGGAUCCAUUUUGGUUGCUAAGUCAAUUGGACAAGUUGGUGUAGAAGUUUUUGGAGCUAUUUUCGUCGUUGAGUUCUUUGCUGUUGCAAUUGCUCACUUCCUUUCGGCUGGACUUUCAGUCCGAUUGAGUUAUCUUUAUGGAGCUCAGCAAAUGGAGAACUGCGAUCAGCUAUUUGUAGAUUUCAUACGUAUCAGUAUUAUGUUCGGAAUAUUUGUUCCAUGCUUGAUUCUCCCGAUUACAAAAACAAUGGUAGAAUGGUUCGGAGCAGAUAAGUUAACAGCCGAAAUGUCAUUGGAAUACAUGAUACCAAUUACUGGUGGCUGCGUGUUUAAUAUUAUCUUUUUUGUUGCUUCAGGUGUUGUUCAGGCUGAUGGUAGAUCAGUUGAAUAUGCAGUUUAUCAAGUUGUUUCUUUGGUUUUAAACAUUGGUAUUUUCGCGCCAGUUUUUCUUCUAGCUAUCAAAACUCCAAUAUGGGGAGCUUCCUUAGCAACAAUUCUUUCUGAAGCUAUUCCAGGAAUAAUCGUAACUGUAAGAACUUUCCAAGGAAAGUAUAGAAUCACUCCAAAAUUUAAUAUGUUCUUCAAAUGCUUUACUCCAGAAACAAAGCAUGCACUUAAUAUAGGUUUAUCAACUCUUAUCUCUCAAAUCUCACUCAACUUACCUUUCUUGAUUAUGCAGAAAUAUGUCAAUAAUGCUGCUAUAGCAAUCAAUGAAUACGGUAACUCAGUAGCUGUUUGGGCUGUUGUUGAAAAGCUUUAUCUAAUUGUUGGUGGCGUAUGCAUCGGCUUUUCAAAUGGUUUCCUGAAUCCAGGCUCUUAUGCAUAUGGUGCAAAGAAUAUUAAAAGAAUGUGCAGAUUGGUAGUUCAUGGAUUAUGGUUAUGCACUUUUACAUGCGCUAUUAUAUCUAUAUUCAUCAUUGCUAUGCCUGUUCAAAUUUCACUUUUGUGGUCAGAUAAUGAAACAUUCUUAGAGAUGUCAAAGGGAAUUACACCAAUUCUUUAUUAUACAGCUUUCACUUUAGGUGUACAGUAUAUGGUUCCUGUUCUUUUGCAAGCAACAAAGAAGAUUAUGGCUUCUUCUGUAUUGUCAGUUUUAACAUUAGUUUUGCCAGUUCCUGUUUUCAGUACUUUCCUUUAUUUCACAGGAGAUGGAAAGAGAAAUCCAAAGAGAAUAUUCUAUGCUUACACAUGCAAUGAUUUGUACUCACUCAUUGUUUGCAUACUUUUCGCGAUUAAGCCUAUUAGAAUGAUGUAUAAGGCAAUCAAACAUGGAAUUAUGGAAGAAGAUGAAGAGAAGAAAUCAGAGAAGCCACCUUCAGAAGACAAUCUCUCUAUUGAUAAUACAGAUUCCAUGGAUGAACAAGAUAGAGCUGCGGAUGAAUUGUAA